AUGGGAAAAGACUAUAAGUAUAACGGUGGUUAUCGCAGUGGAUAUGCCUACGCUCCGGCUCCAGCUGUACCUAGUAUGGAAAUAACGAUAAACCAGAAUGGAUCUGGUCACUCUGCAAAUGCACCUUAUAAUUCAUCACUACCGCGUCGUAGUGCGCCUCCAUCAGCUCCACCACCGCCUCCACCAUCAUACGUACCCGAACAGUUCAAUCCUAUGUGGUUUGAUAAAUUUCCUAGACGUGAGAAUCGCGGAAUGUUUCGACUGUGCCUCGUUGAAUUAAUGCUAGCAGUUGUGAUAUUGGGUGGUGGAAUUUGGUGCUAUAGGGACACAUCUGAUUAUUGCCCGUAUUAUUCAGCAAUCUGGACGUCAUCAGUCUACGUGAUAAAUGCUUUAGUUGGAAGCGCAGCUGCCAAAAUAGGCUCAAUUAAUCUUUACAUGGCUCAUCUGACACUUUCGCUAGUUUCUGUUAUGAUGUGUCUGAUUAGUGGUGGACUUUCUGCAAGAAAUUGGGCACUCGUGGGAACCUAUCAUCAUCCAAGAAUUGAUAGGGAUGAAGCAUUUUGUCUUUUAGGAACUCAUGACACCUCAAGAAUUUCGUACAUUUUCUCGCAUAUGGAUAAGUACGAUUUUGCUCAAUGUCUGUGGCAGCUUAAAGUUGGAGUGGCAGUGAAUUCGGUGCAAUUCGUCAUUGCAGCUUUAGAAGUGCUACUCAACGUGCUUUCGGCGAUAUUAUGCAUGAAGCGCGCCUGUACUUCUUGCAUUUAA